AUGGCGGCGGUGCCCUACUCCCGGGAGUUCAAGCACAAGUACGACCACUUCCGCAAGAAGCUGAAGAAACCUGUGAAAAAAGGACUUGACUAUGGAGGUGUGGCCCGAGAAUGUUUUUUUCUCUUGUCCAAGGAUAUGUUUAACCCUUACUAUGGUUUCUUUGAAUACUCAGCAACGGACAACUACACACUUCAGAUGAAUCCUAAUUCAGGUCUCUGUAACGGAGAUCACCUGUUGUACUUCACCUUCAUUGGCCGGGUGGCCGGCCUGGCUGUGUACCACGGGAAGCUGCUGGACGGCUUCUUCAUCAGACCUUUGUACAAGAUGAUGCUGGGGAAGCCCAUAACCCUGAAGGACAUGGAGUCAGUGGAUAGUGAAUACUACAACUCUCUGAAGUGGAUCCUGGAAAAUGACCCCACCGAGCUGGAUCUCACGUUUUGCAUAGAUGAGGAAAACUUUGGGCAGACAUAUCAAGUGGACCUGAAGCCCAACGGGUCCGAAAUCAUGGUAACAAAUGAAAACAAGCGGGAAUACAUUGACCUGGUCAUCCAGUGGCGAUUUGUCAACAGAGUGCAGAAAGAAAUGAAUGCCUUUCUGGAGGGAUUCACAGAACUGCUUCCUAUCGACCCAAUUAAAAUUUUUGAUGAAAAUGAGCUGGAGUUACUGAUGUGUGGCCUUGGUGACGUGGAUGUCAGCGGCUGGAGACAACACACCAUCUACAAAAAUGGUUACUGCCCAAAUCACCCUGUUAUCCGGUGGUUCUGGAAGGCUGUGCUGCUGAUGGACGCUGAGAAGUGGAUCCGGCUGCUGCAGUUUGUGACCGGGACGUCCCGCGUGCCCAUGAACGGGGCAGGACAGGGGCGGGACCGGGCAGUCCCAGAAGGCAGAGCCCGGGAGGAACCGGGAUGAAGCGGGGCGGGCCCGGGGCUGGGGCCGAGGUGAUUUAAUGCCUGGAAACCACCCGAGCGCCGUUUGCUGACGCCGAGCGGGGUGAGAGGAGGAGCUGCUUGUUCGGGCUCCCAGGUGAGCUGUGGGGCUUUGGCUUCUACCCCUCUCCCCCGCUCUAGCCCUCCUUCCUUCUCUGCGUAUUCCUCUUCUUUCCCCCCUUGUGCCUCCCAAAACCUCCCCUCCUCUCCCCCCUGCCCCUCCUUCCUUCUCCCUGAACUCCUUUACUUUUUCCCCUUUCUCUCCCCAUCUCAAGGGAUACAGCCCAGGAUAUCUCAGGGCCCAGAUGAUUUCUGUUCCUUCUGCUUGU